AUGGUAUCAAGGGAUGAUUCAGAAGAUCAGGAGAUCAUGGGAUCAAGGCACGAGUCAGGAGAUCAAGAGAUGCGUACUGACUAUUCUCCACUGAAUACUUGUGACUUUGAGACUCAAAAUCUCAUAGCUAAACUUGCUGCAGAGGAAGAAGUAGCGGCUCAGGUUGCUGAUGUUCGUGAGAGAGAUGGAAAGAAGCAAGGAAGCAAAAGAAAGCUCAUCAGUCUUGUUGAUUCAGAAGAUGAUUCUGAUGUUGAAAUCACUCCACUAAUCCAAAAGAGCAAGCCUCGCAGACAAACUAGUUUUGGAACAGCCUCGCAAAAACCCAUGUUACAAUCCACUCUAGAUCGUGGUAGUGGCUCGUCCGCACGGGUCUCCAGAGAAGAUGAAGUUGAUGGUAAAGAAGAGAAGCUUCCAUCAUUUGAAUCGAUUGUUGGUGAUGAAGUUGAAGAACAAGAAGUGUGA